GAGGGAGAGAGAUAGGAGGUGAAGAGGAGAAAGAGCAGACACAGAAGAGGAGGAGGGUGUUCUUCUGGAUGAGGACAGCAAACCCUCCACUUACCCAGGGGAUCCCUCAGACCACACUCACCCUGGAUGACCAGUGCUGGAUUAUAGGACCAGGACUGUUCUGCAGCCAGACAUGCACCUUGGGUGAGGCUGCAGGGGACUCGUCUACCAAGGAGGGAUCCCAGUGUCUCUGGCCACAUUGCAGACUAUGAGGGCAUGCAUGGGCUGAGGAUCCUCACAAGGCACCACAGGCAGGUCCUCACAGUGUUCUGCUGCUGGUUCUGAACCUCUAGACAUGGGAAAUAUCUCCUCCAAUAUCUCCUCCUUCCAGUCCCUGCACAUUGUCAUGCUUGGCCUGGACUCUGCCGGAAAGACGACCGUAUUAUAUCGGCUCAAGUUCAAUGAGUUUGUCAAUACCGUGCCCACCAUUGGCUUCAACACGGAAAGGAUACGACUGAGCAAUGGAGCAGCCAAGGGAAUCAGCUGUCACUUCUGGGAUGUGGGGGGUCAGGAGAAAUUGCGCCCCCUGUGGAAGUCAUACAGCCGAUGUACGGAUGGGAUCAUCUACGUGGUGGACUCCGUCGACUCCGAUCGGCUGGAAGAGGCCAAGACCGAGCUGCACAAAGUGACUAAGUUUGCGGAGAACCAAGGGACUCCGCUUCUGGUCAUCGCCAAUAAGCAGGAUUUGCCCAAGUCCCUGGCAGUGGCCGAGAUCGAAAGACAGCUGGCACUGCAAGAACUGAGCCCGUCCACCCCUUACCACGUCCAACCGGCCUGCGCUAUCAUUGGAGAGGGGCUGACAGAAGGCAUGGACAAACUCUAUGAGAUGAUCCUCAAGAGAAGAAAGACACUCAAACAGAAAAAAAAGCAGCGGUAACAAUGGGUAAUUUGACAGGAUGCCAACCAAAGAUGCCCACCAUGACCCGCUGCGGUUGGCUUGGCAUUUCUAGAAACUCCUUGCACUGUGUGACAAGGGGUUGGAGUUUACCCCAGGUGCAGGGCAGGACCCUGCCAUUUAGACCCUUGUAUGCUGAAGGCAAUAGCCAUGUCGUUGCCGAGCAAUACGUGGCCCAAUUCUUCCCCAAUGGCGGUUAUAAUAAAAUGGUGCUCUGAAGUCUAUGGAGUGGCAGCCCUGGCAUUGGACUAGGGGACAGUCGACCACCUAUGUUGAGUGAUAGACCUUAUUCAAUCUCUCUAAUUUAUCCUCCGGCCCAAAAAAAAAGGAUGAAACUUGAAGUUUUGAGUGUACAGUGUUGACUUUCUUCUCUGUAGACAUGUCCUGGUAUCACCGGGGGGUUGGUGUCUUUCCUGUCUGGUCUGACAGCUGUGCCUGGUGUUCAUUUUCCCCCUUCUUUCCUACACUCUUCACUCUUUCUCUCUCCUCUCAUUCAUAGCCACAGGUUACAAAUGUAACAUGAAUUUUGUGCUACAUUUCUGUGAUUUCCGUCUGACAAUGAGUAGGAGGGUUCAGGUUUUGGGGUGGGAUCCAUGGCUGGUAUCAUUCUGGUGCCCAUUUCUACUGCAUGAGAUUAAUAUGUCAGAUUGCUAGAAUUGCCUGUUAUCCUUGUCUUUUCUAGCCUACAUAUUAUUUGCACUCCUUACUAAACAAAAAAAAAAACAUGAUUGUUGAAUUUUAAUGCUUUGCUUGUUUGUCUGUUUCGUUGGUCUCUGGUGUCUUUGCAUUCGUGGUGGGCGACGCACCCAUGGGGAAGGGGAGUAAACUGGAAAUAAGGUGCUUGUCUGUGCGUGCACAGAUCUCACACUUGCUACAGAUCUCAUUUUUAAUUUUUUUUUUUAAAUAUUUAAUGCUAAAUUUAUAUCCGUACACCUACCUGUGCAGGUAGAGAGCAUAGUCAAUUUACAUAUUAUGUGUGUAUUUUCAUUGAAUCCCAUGACUAGAGGUGGCAGA